UACCCUACACUUAUCUUGUUCAAACUUUUUGAAAGAAAUAGUAUGGCAUCCUCUACUCCAUCUACGCUACUUGUUCCUCUCCAACGUUCUUCCUCCUAUUCUCAUCCUGUGAAUUCCUCCAUUUCCUAUCCCACGCACCCUAACUCACUCAUCUCUUCUCCUAAACAUCAGCGCAACUUCCUCCGCCCCGUUUCUGCUGUCGAAGCUCCCGAAAAAGUUGUGGAACUUGGCGAUAAAAUCUCAGACCUCACCCUCUCCGACGCACAAAAGCUCAUUGACUAUCUUCAGGAGACGCUCGGCGUCUCUGCUGCAUCACUUGCUCCUGUUGCUGCUGUUGCAGCUACAGGUGCAGUGGCGGAUGCUCCAGCAGCUGCGGAGGAAAAGACUGAGUUUGAUGUAGUUAUUGAUGAGGUGCCAAGCAAUGCUAGAAUCGCUACGAUAAAGGCGGUGAGAGCUAUCAUCACGAGUUUAGCGCUGAAAGAAGCAAAAGAGUUGAUUGAAGGUCUGCCGAAGAAGUUCAAGGAAGGUGUGUCUAAGGAAGAAGCUGAUGAGGCUAAGAAGCAGCUUGAAGAAGCUGGCGCCAAAUGUUCUAUUGCCUAACCCCUUUCACUUGCUAUAAUGUGUAAUAUAACAUUUUUGCCCAAUGUCCGUCCCAGUUUUUUUCACUGAGGAAAUGAGCUGACUCUCUUGUUAGGGUUCUUACCUGCCAAAUAAUAUCUGCACGAGUU